AUGAAAACUAGUGCAUUUUUCAUUUUAUUCACCUAUAUUGCAGCAUUUACUGCUGCUCAUGGUGCCAAAUUCUCUGUUAUGGGAGAUGGGUUGGUCUUUUGGGCCUGUGACUACCAAAUCGAUGCCACUGCUGAAUUCGAAUGUGGUGAAUACAAGUAUACUGCUUGUACUUGUACCAACAAGAACGCUUUAGCUACUAUUGUUGGUUGUUUGUCCUACAACAAUAGAAACACAUCAGGUGUAAUCAAAGCAACUGAAGGCAUUUGUGUUGAUUUUGGUGAUGUUAAGCUUCCUGAAGGCUGGUUUGAGGAGCUGUACCAACAUUAUAUUGAAAAUGGUGUUGAUGUGAGCACAAUCCCUGAUUUUAACAUGAGUGAACCAGUUGAUUUCCCAGUUAUUCUUAACCAAACAGAAAUUCCUUACUAUUACGAUGCAUAUGAUGGAUGGUUUGGUAACGGUGACCGUUCAUUCUAUUAUGGUAUUGGUGCAGUUGCCUACUGGUUGAUGAUUAUGGUCUUUGAAGGUAUUAUCAAUUGGUCCAAGUUCCUUUUCCCAGGAUUAAUCAAGAAGUUGACCUUUGCUCCAAUAUCCUGGUGGAGAUCAUAUGUUUCUAUGCCUGCUACUUUCAGAAAGAGGAAGUCACAAGAAAUGCCAUUCUUGAAAAUCUUUGACUGCUUGAUUCCUUCCAGAUACGAAUCACUUGCAAUCCUUGGAUUCUAUAUCUACAUCAUUGUUGUCCAUUGUGUCAAAUUACAUUAUGUUAAAGAGGUUCCUGUUUGGGAGUCUGCCUAUAAAUUUAGACUCAAGAAUAUUGGGGACAGAACAGGUAUAGUUGCAACUGUUAUGAUGCCAUUGGUUUUCCUUUUUGGUGGUAGAAACAACUUUAUGCAAUGGUUAACCGGGAUGAGCUACAACCAAUUCAUGACAUACCAUCGUCACAUAGCUAGAGUGAUGGUAGCCUUAGUGAUUAUCCAUUCAGUUAACUAUACAAUUCUUAUCAAAGAAUAUUUCGCAGAAGAUGCAAAAAUGCCAUACAUAUAUUGGGGUAUAAUUGCAACAAUUUCUGGUGGUUUGCUUUGGUUGCAAGCAAUACUUUUCUUAAGAAGACGCUGGUACGAAAUUUUCUUGUUUUUCCACAUUGCCAUGGCUACUCUUUACAUUUGUGGUACCUGGAUUCAUGUUGAUGAUCUUGGUUACGUUUGGUUCUGUUAUCCUGCUGUUGCCGUCUGGUGUUUUGAUAGAUUGGUUCGUAUCUUAAGAUUGGUUUGGUUUGGGUUCCCUAAAGCUCAAAUCACAUUAAUCAGUAAUGAUACCAUUAAGAUUGUUAUUCCCAAACCAAGUUAUUGGUACUCUGUUCCAGGUGGUCAUGCUUACAUCUCAAUUUUCCGUCUUUCUUGUUUCUGGCAGUCACACCCAUUUACCUUUGUUGAUGCUCCAGAUAGCAAAAACAUUAUCUUGUUUUGUAAGGUCAAAGGUGGUAUGACUCAUGGAUUAUACCAAUACUUAGCCAAACAACCAGACCAAACCGCUUCUAUUAGAGUAAGCGUUGAGGGUCCUUAUGGUGAGCCAACUGCUGCCAGACACUCGGAUUCUGCUGUUUAUAUUGCUGGUGGUAAUGGUAUCCCUGGUCUCUAUUCGGAAGCAAUGUAUGCUACAAGAAGAUUACAUUCUGAUUCUAAAAAGACAUUGAAGUUGAUUUGGAUUAUCAGAGAUUACUCAAUGUUGAACUGGUUCCAUGAAGAGCUUCAAUCCUUGCGAACCACCUGUGUUCAAACAACCAUCUACGUUACAAAACCAAACAUGAAUCCAAGCUCUGAAGACGAGAAAAAGGUCGAGCCGAAAGACUCAGAAGAAGAUGUAGAUGAAGAAGAAUCCAUCAAAUCCAAAUUGAGUCACAUUGAGUUCAGAGAAGGUAGACCAUCCAUUGAAGAAAUUGUGGUUGAUGAAAUCAAAGAAGCCAAUGGUUCAGUAGCGUUUGUUACAUGUGGUCAUCCAGCUAUGGUUGAUGAAGUCCGUUAUUUUGCUGCUCAAAACGUUUGCAACCCAGAACACAAGAGAGUUGAUUUCUACGAGCAAUUACAAGUUUGGGCUUAG